GACACUGGGGAGAUACCAAGGGGACACCCGGGAAUACCGAGAGGACAACGAGGGGACAACGAGGAACACCGGGGGGACAACGGGGAGAUAACGGGGGACACCGAGGCGACACCGGGAGGAUACCAGGGGAACAACGAGGGGACAUCGGGGAGACACCGGGGGACACCGAAGAGACACCGGGAACACCGGCUCGGACACAGCGGCACCGGGGAGCGGCCGCCCCGGGGCUCCGCCUCUCCCCGGUGUGCCCGCCAUGCACCGAGGGGUCACCCCGGUGCCGGCGCCGCUGCCGGUGACUCCCGUCCCGCCCGGAACUGCCCCGGGUUUUCCUGCCCGCCCCAUCCCGUGCGGUGCCGUCCCGGUGCAGCGGGGACCCCGGCCCGGUAUCGGUUCUGCUUUCGGGUGGAGGCGCCGGGGCGUGAGCACCUGCCCCGGGAUUCCCCACCUGCCGCCGCCGCCGCCCCAUAAGAGCCCGGUGGCGGCGCCGGUGGCGGCACACACCGAGAGCAGCGAUGGCUCCGCUCCGCCGCCUCUGCCUGUGCCUGCUCCUCGCGCUGCUGCCGCCGCCUCCCGCCGCACCGGCACCGGUAACGGCACCGGUAACGGCACCGGCACCGCUCCGCCGGCCGGACUGGGCCGCCUGCCGCGUGCUGUCCCGGGAGCUGUCGCGGCUGCUGGGGGCGGCCAGAGAACCGCACCCGGUGCUGGAGGGGCUGCAGCUGCUGGAGGAGGAACCCCAAAAUUGGCCCCCCCGGAUCCGCUGCAGCGACGCCUGCGACCCCCUGAGCCUGGAGAGCAACCACACGCUCUGCCUGCAGCGCAUCCGCCAGGCGCUCCAGCACUACCGGGACCUGCUGGGCUCCGACAUCUUCCGCGAGCAGCCGCAGCCGCAGCUGGAGAGCACCAUGGAGCAGCUGCUGCGCCUCGUGCAGGACGGGCCCGGCCGCCCCCCCCGGCACCUGCCGGCGCCCCCGGAGCUCUGGCAGCGGCCGCUGCAGCGGCACCUGGCCCUGAAACGGCUGCGCUCCUUCUCCGCCCUCAUGGGCCGCGUCUUCAACCACGGGGCGCGCUGAGAGCCCGGACACCGACCCCCGGACACCGACCCCAGCCCCGGACACC